CGCUACUGGCCUAAAGUCACGCCAAGUAGUACAUUCCGAGCUCAAAAACUUUGAAUGUGGAAGUGCCGUGGCGAACGUAACUGUAAUUGCGAGUUGGAGUGGAAAUUACGAGUAAAUGGGAAAAAGUUCUAGUAACAACAACAGCCUCCAAGUGUCUAAGUCGGCCGACGCGCACUGUUAAUGUUAACAUAGCAGAAGCUGUAAGCGCAUUGUUCACCAAUAACAGAGGAGUUUGCCACUACAAAAUGAGCGGCAGCGACGCUACCCGCGGUUCUACGGCCUUGAACUCCGCACAGCCCGAUGCGAACAAUGUACAGAUCACCGUCGAUUCCCCGCCUUCCAACAAAAAAAGUAAAAGCAACUUGCGACGAUACCUUCAGUUGCUGCUCGUACCCAUCCUGGGCGCGGGAACUGCUCUGCUUUGGUACUAUCAUGGAAUCUGGUUCGGACUUGCUGCUCUCUACGUGAGUCUCAGUGCUCUGCUACUCGUUCGACCCGGCUGGCGUUGGUUCUACAUAGCAGCGGUGACGUCGCGACGUGAUACCACUGCACUUGUUGCAUACAUUCGAGUGCUGAGCUUCGUGAAGAGCCAAGAGCGUAAGAAUCUGAAUGUGGCCGAUAUCUUUGAGGCGAAUGUGGCCCGUCACGCGGACAAGCUGGCCAUCGUGAGCGAGACUCAGCAAUGGACAUUUCGACAGCUGAACGAGCACGCCAAUCGUGUGGCCAACGUUUUCCACAAUCAUGGGUACAAGAAGGGUGACGUGGUCGGGUUACUGCUAGAAAACCGUACCGAAUUCGUCGCCACCUGGCUGGGUCUGGCCAAGAUUGGCGUUAUCACACCCCUGAUCAACACCAAUCUGCGCGGUGCUUCGCUGCUGCACAGCAUCCAAGUGGGCGAGUGCUCCGCUCUCAUCUACGGCGUGGGCUACAGAGUGGCUGUUAUGGACAUAGCAAAGGACUUGCCUGCGCAUGUGGCGCUUUAUCAGUUCAACGAUGAGCCUGCGACGCCCUCUGAACCCCUGUCCCAGGGUCUAGCUCAACACUUGAAUGCAUUGCUCGAAGCUGCGCCGAAGGAUAAGGUGGCCGCAGGUGCCAGUCGAGCCGACCAUCACGACAAACUGGUCUAUAUCUACACGUCGGGCACUACGGGACUGCCCAAGGCGGCUGUUAUCACACAUUCGCGAUACUUUUUCAUUGCCGCAGGCAUUCAUUUCGCCUUAGGCUUCCGCGACAAGGAUAUCUUUUAUACGCCACUGCCGCUUUACCACACGGCCGGCGGCGUUAUGAGCAUGGGUCAGGCAUUACUCUUUGGAUCCACGGUAGUCAUACGGAAGAAAUUCAGCGCCUCCGGAUACUUUGCCGACUGCGCCAAGUUCAAGGCCACGAUUGGUCAAUACAUUGGAGAGAUGGCACGAUACAUAUUAGCCACGCCACCGGCCGCCCAUGAUCGCCAACACCAGGUUCGCAUGGUAUUUGGAAAUGGUUUGCGUCCGCAGAUUUGGCCACAGUUCGUAGAGCGCUUCGGUAUUAAACAUGUUGGAGAGUUCUAUGGCGCUACGGAGGGAAACGCAAACAUAAUGAAUAAUGACAGUACUGUGGGUGCCAUUGGCUUUGUAUCUCGUGUUUUGCCACAGAUAUAUCCGAUCUCCAUUAUACGCGCCGAUCCCCAUACUGGAGAACCAUUGCGCAAUUCCAAGGGCUUGUGCGACCGGUGCGAGCCAAAUGAGACAGGCGUCUUCAUUGGAAAAAUUGUAAAGGGCAAUCCGUGUCGCGCAUUCCUUGGCUACGUGGAUACAAAAGCUUCUUCUAAGAAGGUUGUACAUGAUGUUUUUGAAAAGGGCGACAUGGCUUUUCUCUCCGGUGAUUUGCUUGUUUCCGAUGAGCGUGGAUAUCUGUACUUCAGAGAUCGCACUGGUGACACGUUCCGUUGGAAAGGCGAAAAUGUUUCAACUAGCGAGGUGGAGGCACAAUUGAGUAACUUGGCAGGUUACAAGGACACGAUUGUGUAUGGUGUCUGCAUACCGCAGACCGAGGGUCGUGCUGGCAUGGCCGCGAUCUACGAUCCAGUGCGUGAAGUGGAUGUCCAGAUACUGGCCAAGCAAUUGCAGCAGACGCUGCCCAACUACGCACGUCCCCUGUUUUUACGCUUUCUUCGUAAGAUCGAUCUGACUGGCACCUUUAAGUUACGCAAAGUUGAGUUGCAACAGCAUGGUUACGAUCCGGCAACCAUAGAGGAUGAGCUCUACUACGCGCAGCCAGAUGGCAGCUAUGCACCGCUUACACAAGAGAUUUACGAACGGAUACAGCGCAAUGAGCUGCGUUUUUGAACAUUUUGGAUGAGGUAUCGACGGCAUUUAUGGCAGUGCUGAGCUUAGUAUUAAAAUUACUUUGGAGUCUCAUUUAUUGUG